AUGGCAGCUAUCGCUAAGCCGUUCGUUUGGUUCUAUCAUGAGUUCGGCCUGGACUCCGUGCAGGCCACUGGGCGGAAUGCCUGGCUCAUUAUCUUGGCAAGAUCGUUGCGUAUGUUUGCCUAUGGCACGAAUGCUUUGCUUCUUGCUCUUUUCUUCAGCGAGAUCGGCUUCUCGGAUUCUCGUAUUGGCCUCUUCAUGACUCUCACGCUGGCAGGAGAUGUCGUCCUAGGAACGUUCCUCACCCUGAUCGCAGAUCACGUGGGAAGGCGCAAAAUACUGUUCGGUGGCUCCUUCCUGAUGGUGCUCACGGGAGUCGUCUUCGCCUACUUCGAAAACUUCUGGAUCCUGCUCUUCGCAGCGCUGAUAGGAGUUGUCAGUGCCACAGGUGGUGACUUUGGACCGUUUCGAAGCAUUGAAGAGUCAGUCUUGUCGCAGCUUACUACGCCCAAAGAAAGGUCAGACGUCUUGGCCUGGUAUGUCACACUCUCGGCACUGGGCUCAACCCUUGGAAGUGAAGCAUCCGGCCGCAUCAUCGAGCAUCUACAGAGCUUUGAUGGCUGGACCUUGGCAGAUGCUUAUCAUUCCUUGUUCUGGAUCUAUGCCGUGAUGGGUGUGGUCAAUGCCAUACUCGUGCUUCUCCUUACCAGCGCCUGUGAGGCCGACGUGCAACAGGAGAAGUACGCACAGGUGCCACAGGACGAGUCUGAAGAUCACAGUAUUGAGCUCGUGGACAGGCCAAACGGCACAAGUACACAGCGUCCGGUCUUGCCAGUCUCCGAGCCCAAGGCCAAGUCAUGGACAGAAUGGCUGUUUAGCUGGAUGGGGCAUAUCUCCAAGCCAACUUUGUCGAUCGUAUGGAAGCUUUGGGUUCUUCUCGCAAUCGAUAGUUUGGCAGAUGGCAUGGUUCCCUACUCUUUGACGAAUUAUUACAUGGACAACAAGUUUCACCCCUCGAAGUCCACACUCGGAGAUCUCACGUCAAUCAGCUACUUCCUAACUGCCAUUGGUGGGGUCUUCGCUGGGCCGCUCGCACGCAAGAUCGGCUUAGUAAACACCAUGGUGUUCACGCACAUACCUUCUUCAACCGCUGUGUUGGUCUUUCCACUUCCGCAGGCUCUUUGGGCGACUGCGAUUCUCCUGUUCUUGAGAGCUGGCUUAAACAACAUGGAUCAAGCUCCACGUUCAGCGUUGAUUGCUGGCGUGGUGAGACCUACAGAGCGUACCGCAGUCAUGGGCAUCACGUCGAUGUUGCGGACACUAGCCGCGACAGCGGGACCAAUGGUCACCGGCUUCCUGGCGGGGAGCAAUCGCUUCUGGAUCGCCUUUGUCGCGGGUGGCGCUUUCAGAUUGACAUACGAUGUUGGACUUUGGAUUAUCUUCGUGAACGUCAAACUCAACCAACAUGAACCGGCUGGGCCGGAAAUGCGACAGAGCAAUACCCAGGAACGGAGGAGGUCUCAGGACGACGCAGAGAUAGGCAGUCUGGCAAGUUAUGACGAUGAUGGUAAUGAUGAAGCAGUACGGGCGAAAUGA